CAUUGCGUCAUUUCCUGGUGUCAAAUGCUGCUGUGUGUGUGUUUGUGUGCAGAGAAAAGCGAAACCGCUGUUUCUGUGAAAAAGUAAAUACAUAAAACAAUUAGAAAUGGGCAAAGUAGAUAUAUUUUGCUCAGAUAAAGGGAACUGCUAGCCACAGACUCCACAGAGGAAAAUAAAGGAGAUUUUAUAGCAGUGUGUUCACGGCGCUUCUGAAUAUCUUAUUUGGGGAUGACCAGGCAGGUGUAAACAGGUCUCUUUGGAUACCAGGUACAGUACUGAUGUGCACAGUUAUUUGUUGCAGUGCCGCUACAUCCUGCAAUGGCUGCAAACAGCCCCCCGGUGCCCCUGAAGGAGUUCUGCCCGCUGUACUACCUGCUGAAUGCCAUCCCAGCCAAGGUGCAGAAAGGGUUCCGCUCAGUGCUGGUGUACCUGACCGCUCUGGAUGCCAGCAGUGAGUACAUUGCAGUGGGCAGCAGUAUUGGGAUGCUCUAUCUGUACUGCAGGAGGCUGAACCAGAUGAAGAAAUACAACCUGGAGGGGAAGUCGGAAUCCAUUACCACAGUGAAACUGUUGAGCUGCUUCGAUGAUCUAGUGGCUGUUGGCACAGCUUCAGGCAGAGUGGUGCUCUUCCAGCUGGUCUGCCCUUUGCCUGGGAGAAACAAACAGCUGCGGCGCUUUGAUGUGGUCGGCCUUCACAAAAGCACCGUGACUGCUCUAGCUUGGAGUGCUAAUGGAAUGAAAUUAUUCUCUGGGGAUGACAAAGGCAAAAUCGUCUAUUCUUCUCUGGAUCUGGACCAGGGUGUUUGUAACCCCAGUGUGCUGCUGGAGGAGCAGUCUGCUGUAGUGCAGCUGGACUACAGUCAGAAAGUGCUGCUGGUGUCGACCUGCCAGCGCUGUCUGCUUUUCUACACAGAACACAACGCUGUCCAGCAGAUCGGAACCAAGCCCAGGAAAAGCAAUGGCAGAUUCGGGGCCUGUUUCCACCCCUGCCUGUGCAAGCAGAGUGACCUCACUGUGUACGCUGCCCGCCCUGGGCUCCGUCUCUGGAAGGCAGACGUCCACGGCACUGUCCAGGCCACCUUCAUUCUGAAGGACCUCUUUGCACACGGAGUGAGGCAGUUUGAGCUGUUCCCCCGGGCGGCCGCAGAUGGGUCAGGGGGGUACCGUCCGCCAGAGAGGCAGCUGGGGCAGGUGUCCUGCUUCCUCAGGGAGGGCUGGCUGCUCAGCUGGAAUGAGUACAGUGUGUACCUGGUGGAUUCAGGGAGCCAGACUGUUAUUGGGGGUUUGGAAGGAUCUGGCGACAUUGUGUCUGUCUCUUGCACAGAGCAUGAGAUCUUUCUGUUGAAGGGAGACCGCGAUAUCAUAAGGAUUUCAAACCGUCCAGAAGGACUGCCAUCAACAGAUUCAGCUUCGAGACUAAACAGUCCUCUCGCUACAACCCCAUCUGUACUGACACCAACAGGGCCCGUGGAGACCGCCCAGCAGAUCAGAACAAUGUCGAUCAUUUCAGAAUUUGGGGACAAAAGGACAGACGUGCUGCUGCUGGCACGGGACGACCAGGAGCCUGCAGUGCUGUGGGGCAGGACGCCGGAGUCCCAGGCCGGCGAUCCGAAAGGAAUUGUGACGGAGCAGAGUACCGAACCGGGGCAGAAAGGGAGCCCGGUCACCAGCGAGACCAGGAGCCGCAGCAGCUCUGUCAACUCCUGGGACAGUGCGGUGGGGCUGGGGGCCACUGUGGACCACACAGCCUCCGAAGUGUCUGCGGACAGUCCCCACUCCUCUGCACGGUUCAGUGCCAUCAGCGUGGAGGAAUUCGCCCAGGAGCUGGUGGUCAAGUCCAUCAAAGUGAAGAAAAAGAAGAAGAGGAGGCAAGACAGUGGAAACCAGAUGUCUGAAAACAGCUGGUCCGACGGGGUGUUCGUUCCAGAGAGCGAUGGCCCCAGCACCCCGGUGUGUGACUUCCUGUCGGACAGGACCAGCCUCCUGGGCAGCAGCCUGGACCUGCAGAGCACGGACUCCCCGGACAGAGUGAGCCUGGUGCAGGAGGACAGCUGCUCCGACGUGUUCAGCGUGCUUCAGUCUCCGGAGCUCGUCUCCACCGCCCCAAACAAAGAGCUCGACACAGACCUGCUCAGUGCUCCUGAACUUCAACAUGCUGGACCGAGAGAGCGCUUCGUACCCGUUUCACCUCCUGCCUCGUUUACACCCCUGGAAUCAAGGGAUGCUCAGACAGAAACCCCCACAUGUUUACAGUCAGAAGACCACAAGCUGCUUCAAAGUGGUCAAGAACGCCCUGCUGACAGCGCUGUUCCAGAUCUUCAGAAUCACGUGCAAAAUUGUGAAAGUGUUGCUCGUAACCAGACUGCCUCCGAAUGUUACAGCUGGAGCUCACAGUCUGCUGAGGACAGCAAGCCCGGGGAGGUGGGUACUGCAUCAGCAGAGCCUACAAACAGACAGUCAUCCAGUUCAGAGGGGCCGCUGUUUCCCUCAACGCACGCUCCCUUUGCAGGAGAGGAAGCUGAAACCCCAAACAGGUCCGACAGUCAGGAGAUGUAUCCAGAGGACUUGGUGAAUCUGAGCGAUGCAGUGAAUGAUGCCACUGAAUGUGAAUCAGUCCGUUAUGUGAGAACUGAGAUGUGUAAUCAGGAGCCAGUGUCGCUCUCGAGCGAUGACGAAGAUAUCUACGGCCACGGAAUGUCGCAUUCUUGCUCGGAGACCAGUAUGGCUGAUCCUGAAGACCAAAUGAACUCCUGUCUAGACUAUUCAAGCCUUUUCAGAUCUGAUCAGUUUGCAGAGAGUUGGAUGGGCUACUCUGGCCCUGGCUAUGGAAUCCUGAGCCUGGUGGUCUCGGAGAAGUAUAUCUGGUGUCUGGAUUUCAAAGGGGGUCUCUACUGCAGCGCCUUGCCCAGUGCAGGUCUGCGGUGGCAGAAAUAUGAGGACAAUGUCCAGCAGGUGGCAGUAUCUCCUUCAGGUGCGCUGCUUUGGAAGAUUGAGCUGAAAACCAACAAGGCGUUCGCUUGUGCGAAAGUAACAAUAAAGGGAAAAAGACACUGGUACGAGGCCCUGCCUCAGGCAACCUUCAUAGCCUUGAGUGACGACACCGCCUGGAUCAUUCGGACCAAUGGAGACCUGUACGUCCAGACAGGGCUGAGUAUCGAGCGUCCGUGUGCCCGAGCGGUGAAGGUGGACUGCCCCUGCCCUCUGUCCCAGAUCGCCUCCAGAGACAAUGUGGUGUGGGCCCUGACCGAGCAGAGAGCCGUGUUCUGUAGAGAAGGGCUCAGCAGCUUCUGCACGGAGGGGGAGCGGUGGAAGUACGACACAGUCAGUGAAAGACAGGGACUGGAACCCGUGUGCAUUUCUCUGGGAGACCACCACACCGCCUGGGCUCUGGACACCAAUGGGAAUCUCUGGUUCAGGACCGGAGUCACUCCAAAAAAACCUCAAGGGGAAGACGAUCACUGGUGGCAGGUGAGCAUCACAGAUUACGUGGUGUUCGAUCAGAGCAGCCUCUUCCAGACGAUAAUCCACGCCUCGCACACCCUGGCAAGUGCCGCCCAGGCACCAGUGGAGAAGGUAGCUGAUAAACUGCGAGUGGCGUUCUGGACACAGCAGCCUCAGUGCCAGCCCAGCCUCAUCAGCGUCAACACUGGUGGGGUCUGGAUCACCUCGGGGAGGAAUGAGUUCCACGUGGCCAAGGGCAGUCUCACAGGUACCUACUGGAUGAAUGUGGUGCCACGUGGAACUGCCUCCACUACCAAAUGGGCUUUCGUCUUUGCAUCGCCGGCUCCUACAAAAGAAGGGAGCUUCCUGUGGCUGAGGCAGAGCUGCACGGACUUGUUCUGCAUCAGUGAUCACAAUCCACAGUUCAGGCCAUCAACAGUGCAGCUGCCCCCUGAUGUAGAGAUGGUACAGAUUUCAGCCUGCCAGGACGCAGUAUGGGGGCUGGACACGCACGGGUCUGUCUACAUCAGGUCUUUAUCGAAGACCUGCCCGUCAGGAAUGCAUUGGACCAGACUGGACCUCAGCCAGCUAGGAAGAAUAAAGCUGGCCAGUUGUUCCUGUGGGAGUCAGAACGUCUGGGCCUGUGAUGUCAAUGGUGUGGUGUAUUUCAGAGUGGGGAGCCAGCCUCUCAAUCCAAGCUUGAUGCUGCCUGCAUGGAUAAGCAUUGAGCCGCCUCAGCAGCCAGUUGGGAUGCACCUGGUGAGUGUUCACACCAGUCCCAAUGACAAAAUGUUGUGGGCCGUUGACAGUAAAGGGAAUGUCCACGUGCGGACUGGAAUCACAGAGGACAUGCCUGUGGGGACUGACUGGGAGCACAUACCAGGACUGCAGGCAGGAGAGCUGACGGUGAGCAGUAGGACAGUUUGGGUGCGUUGUCCUAAUGGCGAUGUUGCUCGGCGAUACGGCAUUACCGAUAAAAACCCAGCCGGAGAUUACUGGAAGAAAGUCCCUGGAUGUGUCGCUUGUUUGACAGUGACUCCUCUGGAUGAGCUGUGGGCCAUCAGCCAGUCAGGGGGUCUGAUUCAGCGCCUCACCAAGACCUUCCGGCACGACAGCACUUCAGCAAAGCCCAGCGGCAGUGCAGUGUCCGUUCAGUCCGGGGACUUGGAGGAGGAAUGGGAAGUCAUAUAGAGAUGACAGGAGAAGCACUCUCUGAGGAACUUUGAACAAACGUGUUUAUACUGUAUAGUUAACAGAUGACUUUGCCUAUUACCUGUAUUAGUACAUGUAUAAAUUAUACUGACCUUUUUAUAAAUUCCGUUCUACCUUUUAAUAGCCGUGUGUGCUGCUGGUGAAACAGUGUGCUGUUUCAUGAGGGCAGUCUGUUGAUGGUUCACAGUGCAUUCAUUGUAUAGUAAUCGCUAUCCAGUUGAGUAAUUGCACUAGUUAUUUUAUCGACUCACUAGACACUGUAAAGGUAACCCAGAUGUUUCUCAGCGUUGCUCGCCUGUGCUGUGUAUUUCUGUAAUUUGGCACCGAUCUGCUUCCAUGUUUAUUUUAGAUUAUUUUCUAUUCAGGUCCUGGGAGCUUGCAGGGAAUUUACAGAGUGCAUCUUAAAAGCACUGUUUCGAAAGCCAGCCCUGUAAUCAGUUGAAGGUAACUUGCGUCAGAACUGUAUUAGGGUUUGUUUAAUGAUGUUUUUUGUUUUUGUUUUUCAUUUUAAUAAAUAAUGUGCAAACUUUGUGCUGGAA